CGCGAAGGCCGGCUGCAGUGGGGCUUUGAUUCCCUUCGAGCUAUACCAUCAGAGGAUGACCUAGUUACCCAUACUGCGUUCAAGGAUAAGUGCCUCGUGUUGUGGAUGACCUCCUUCAGCGGCUCCGAGAGCACCCAGCACCUUCGCAGCCGCCCCAACACAACUCAGGCACAAGCUCGCGAGGCUCGAGUCUUCGGCUUGAAUUACGAACGUAUGAUAGAUACACCUUCCAUAAAAAUCGCCUAUAAUUUCAAUAUGAAUGGAGUUGACCGCGGCGAUCAGCUGCGUGCACACAGAGGCUGUGGUCAACGACGAAACCGACACGGUGGGUGGCACGCCCUUGCGUGGACUUUCCUCCUCGAUACAAUCCUUGUCAAUACAUACAUUUUACAACAGAAGGGUCAGUGCAGCUGGGGGACUUACAGGUCACAGGCGGACUGGAGAGAUGCCCUCACAGAAGCCCUCAUGCGGAAAUAUGCCUCCGCAAGCACGCUCCGCAGGCGAUAUCGCAGUGGGAACGAAUUCCUGCUAUUUCACAGCAUAAUCAUAUUAAGGGCGAUACCAACGGUAGAUGUAAGGCUUGCCAAGGAGUCCGGCUUGGUGACCUUAUUACACAGAGCUCGCAUAAGAGUCUGCCAGUGGUGCCUCGGGAAAAGGUGCGGCAGACCAACUACAGCUGUGACUCUUGCAGGGUCCCCAUAUGUACACAGGGAAAUUGCUGGGACUAUUUUCAUCAACCAAUUUGUUUGUCAACAAAAGUACUGUCGGUCCCUCCAUGUAUGCUAUUGUCAUCCUGGCCUUGCGCAAGAAUAUUGACUCAAGCUGUAAGCCAAAAAGAGACAUUCUUCACGCAACUAUCUAUGGUGAAGACGCCGACAUAUCACCCCAUCACCCUAGAAAAAGAAAUGGUAGACAAAUGCUGCCUCACUAGCAAUAGAUGGAGGGUGCUCGCAUCAGGCACCACUGCGACGGCUUACUCCUACGGACUUCGAGGAUGAAAUACUUCCCAGCGACAUAAUUGGCUCAACCCUGUCCAUCCUCGCAAAGGAACAUGCAGAAUGCGGCUGAGCCGUUACAGAUGCGAUGUGAUCGCUGCCAAGUAGGCUGAGCGAUCUGCGAUUUAAAUAGGUAGCCUAGGCCUCGGAUUCAUUGAUCCAUCACGUCCCAACUUAUUGAAGCGACAUGGAUGGCCUCUCGACUGCUACGAGUGUAAUCGCAGUAGUGCAACUCACGGCUGAGGUAACGAAAUACAUCAUCGGCGUCGCUGGGGCCUCAAAGGAUCGACAGCGACUGCUUGACGAAAUAUUAGCCUGCGAGGCUCUCCUCAUGCGACUCCGCGAUUAUUCCAAAGGAACUGAUGGACCCGAGAUUGAGGAUUGGGACGCUGACCAGACCAACACUGAUAGUGCCCAGACGUGGUCUGUCAAGGUCAGGGCCUUGGAGAGCGACAAUGCACCUUUGUAUCGUUUGUAUAAGAUUCUCGAUGCUGUCAAAACAAAACUGCAACCAGAUCACGGGAGCGGGAUCCAGAAAAUUAAGGCCGCCUUGAAAUGGCCAUUCGACGAGAAGGAAGUGGCAAAGCUCGUCGAUGCAUUUCAGCGCGAAAGAUCACUUUUGCAUUUUGCCAUGACACACGAAAGCACACAGCUGGUGAAACACAUCAAGGCAACCUCAGACGACAAUAGCAGACAAUUGACCGAUUUGGUCAGACUUAUCAAGAACAAAUCGGCUGAUGAUGAGCUUCGAGUCGCACGACUUGAUCGUAUCCUGACCGGCAUACAGCUUUCCAACCUCAACAUAGCCGAAGGGAUCGGGCAUCUUCAAAACAGUCAGAUGAGCGCUCACCAGAAAGAAGUCCUUGACUGGAUGUCACCCGUGGACUAUGCCCCCCAACAAAGCGAUAAUUUCAGCCGGCGAGAGCCAGGAACUGGUGAAUGGCUGCUGGAAUCAGACGAGUACAAUACCUGGGUGAAAGGUGACAAACAAACAUUGUUCUGCCCUGGUAUUCCAGGUGCUGGCAAAACUAUCAUGGCAUCCAUCGUGGUCAAUUCAUUACUCGAAUCCUUCCAUUCCGAGAGUAACGUCGGAGUUGCAUACAUCUACUGUAACUUCCGUCGGCGCCACGAACAGAAAGCCAGUGACCUCAUUGCGAAUCUUUUGAAGCAGCUGAGUGAGAAUCAGCCUUCUCUGUUUAAGCCGGUAGAGGAGCUAUACAACAAGCGCAAGGCAUCUCGUACGCGUCCAUCGCUACAGGAACUUGGCCGUGUCCUGCAAGAGGUUGCCGCGACAUAUUCUCGCGUGUAUAUCGUCCUUGACGCUCUGGACGAAUGCGAGACCACCGACGGUACACUACCCAAUUUCAUCCAACAAGUACUUGACCUGCAGAGUGCAACAGGCACAAAUAUCCUAGCAACCUCUAGGUAUAUACCAGAGAUCAAGGAGAAGUUCAGGAAAGCCGUCUCUCUUAAAAUCCGCGCCAGUGAGCCGGAUGUAAGAAGAUACUUGACUGGUCGAAUGACUCAACUCCCAGUUUUUGUUCAGAACAAGCCGGAGCUGCAAGAAGAAAUCAAGACAAGAAUACUGGAAUCAGUCCAGGGGAUGUUUCUUCUUGCCCAGCUACACCUUGAUUCUCUUGUCGGCAAGAGAUCACCGAAAGCUGUACGAACUAUUCUCAAAGCUUUGCCAAGCAACUCAAGCACGUCGAAAGCGUAUGACAAAGCGUAUGGAGAUGCUAUGAAACGAAUAGAAGACCAGUUAACAGAUCAAGCGAUAUUGGCCAAAGAAGCACUCAUGUGGAUUUCAUGCGCCAGACGGUUGCUCACUCCCGUGGAACUUCAACACGCCCUUGGCAUCGAAACAGACUCCACAGAUUUUGAUGAGGAAAAUCUGAGCGAGAUCCCCGACAUCGUUUCUGCUUGCGCUGGGCUGGUGACCGUUGACGAACAGAGCAACACUGUGCGACUAGCACAUUUCACAACACAGGAAUAUUUCGAGCGAACACAGGACCAGUGGUUCCCAAAUGCUGCUCAAGAAAUAACAGUUAAAACCCUGACAUAUCUAUCUUACGAUCUUAUUGUUGAUCAAGUCAGGACUGCUCGAAGUCCAAAACCUGACAUUAUGGUACAAAAGGCUGCAGAAAAGUCGGAUCCUGUUAUUAACCAAUCGAAAGACGAAAAGCCAGGAUCGCCGAGUCCCGGUCUUGGUCGAUCGAAAAGCCAAGAUUGGAAGAUCAAGAACGAAGUUACGGAGAGCGACGAAGAUUAUGAUGUUAAGAAGAUGCUCCGAGAUUAUCCACUGUGUCGAUAUGCAUCAUGCCAUUGGGGUUACCACGCUCGCAACGUAUCGGAAAUGCCUGAUAUUGUGAAGAACUUUUUGUCAUCAGAGAAACUUGUCAAGGUGACUGAGCGUCUGAGAUAUGCUGGUGGAUUCAAUCCUGGGACCACUGGCCUUCACGAGGCGGCGUACUUUGGGUUUGAAGAGGCCGCAGAAUGGAUGUUACAAAGAUGCUCGAUCGACGCACUUGACUCUUACAAUGUAUCGAUUCUGGAGAUGGCAUGUGGCCUUGGCCACCUUUCGCUCGCCGAAACACUUCUCAAGAAGGGGGCAAAUCUACGCGGGACGCCAAUUACAUAUGCAGCUCGACGAGGGCAGGAUACUAUCGUAACAUACCUAUUUCAAUAUGGCGCGCCACUGGAACCAGGUGCACUGGAGGCAGCUUUCAGACAUUUCAAGGAUUCCAAGAUAUCAAUCGACAAGGUGCAUAUGUUUCAGACACUGUUGGAACACGGCGCUGAUCCCAACAUAUUGAUUGACGAAACGUCGCGACCUCUGCAUCAUGCCACCUCGGAUAGGGUCGAGCCUCUCGUCCGAACUUUACUCGACCACGCGGCUGAUGUGAACGGGCGAGACAAGGAAGGUCGAACAGCACUACACUUGGCGGUCGACUCCGAAAUGGAGUCAUUAGUACGACUCCUCGUGGACCGCGGAGCCGAAGUCAACGCGCAAGAUGAUCAAGGUCACACGCCACUUUAUCAUACCGCAGGGCGUGAUAUCGAUCCCAUCGUAAAAUUGCUGCUCGACCACGGCGCCAAUGCUAUCCUGCAAGAUAAGCAUGGACUUUCAGUGCCUCAUAUAGCUAUGGCCUCUUCGUUUGAGUGUCUCGUCCAGAGCUUUAUCGGUCGCGGAGAAAGCACAAAUGCCCACUGUGCAACUCACAAAACCCACUCGACGGCAGUCGCUAGUAAUUCUCUGAAGCCCGCGAUGCUUGAGGAUAAGCCGCUGAUGGUUUUUGAGGAAUAG